AUGAACCUCGGCGGUGCCAACGGCUUCAAUGCUCACGCUCAAGGCCAUGGUCAAGGUCAGUGGCCAUCUCAGGUCGGCGGUCCAUUCGCUCAAGCCGGCUAUAGUGGUUUUCAGCAGCAGCAUCAACAGUUCUCUCAGAAUGGCCAGGCUGGACCAGGUGCUGGUCGAUACGAUGGUCAGCGUGUCAGCGCACAGCAGCGUCGCCAGGCUGCCGAGGAUGCUCAAGCCAAGUUCAACUCGAUCAAGGUUGAGCAGCUCGUUGGCGAGAUCUACGGCUUGUGCAAGGACCAGCAUGGUUGCCGCUUUUUGCAGCGCAAGCUUGAGGAGCGCAACGAGCAGACUGUCAAGACUAUCUUCGAGGAGGUCAAGGACCACAUGAUUGAGCUCAUGGUCGACCCAUUCGGCAACUAUCUCUGCCAGAAGCUUCUCGAGAGCGUCAACGAUGAGCAGCGCACUGCCUUGAUCGUCAACGCCGCUCCUGCCAUGAACAAGAUUGCACUCAACCAACACGGCACUCGCGCCCUCCAGAAGAUGAUUGAGUACAUUACUACUCCAGAGCAGACCCAGGAGAUCAUCAAGGCUCUCCGCAACGAUGUCGUGCUGCUGAUCCAGGACCUCAACGGCAACCACGUCAUCCAGAAGUGCCUCAACCACCUUUCCUCCAUCGAUGCCACCUUCAUCUUCGAGGCUGUCGGCAACAACUGCAUCACCGUCGGCACUCACCGUCACGGCUGCUGCGUCCUCCAACGCUGCAUCGAUCACGCCGAUGGUUUGCAGAAGGGCGAGAUGGUUGAUCACGUCAUCGCCAACGCUUACUCUCUGGUUCAGGAUCCCUUUGGCAACUACGUCGUGCAGUACAUUCUCGAUCUGUCCGAGCCAUGCUUCACCGAGCCUCUCUGCCGCGCUUUCUAUGGCGAGAUCCCAGCUCUUUCACGACAGAAGUUCAGCUCCAACGUCAUCGAGAAGUGCAUCCGAUGCGCUAGCGUCGAGACUCGGCGCGAGAUUGUCCGCGAGAUCAUGCCACCGCAGACACUUGAGAAGCUUCUUCGCGACGGCUUCGCCAACUACGUCGUGCAGACUGCUAUGGACUUCGCCGAUGACGAGCUCAAGGCUCUCAUGUUCGAGAACGUCCGCUCUAUCCUUCCAGGCAUCCGCAACACUCCUCACGGUCGCCGCAUCCAGAGCAAGCUCGCGGAAUACGACAACCGCAACGUCACUCAGGGUACCUCCAUCCUCUCUCCAAUGGAGUCGGCCGGCAAUCCACCAGGUGCGCCAUUCUCUGCACCACCACUUCAGACUCCUUCUCGUGCCAACCGCCACGGCAUGGUUGGCGCCCCUACCCAGUGGGCAUCCAACGGUAAUGGCUUUGGUACCGGCGCCUUCGAUGCUCCAGGCUAUGGCGGCAACAUUUACGGCGGCGACAGCAUCACCUCCCCAUCUCCACAGCGUGGCAACCAGAACUCAUUCAUGUUCAAUGGUGCUCAGCAACCAUACCACAACGGUUAUGGCGCUCCUGGCUUCUCUGGUCCUGGCGCUCAGGCGUAUGGCGGUCACUUUUGAGCAAUCGUCUACGUCUAUCUGCAUUCGACUUUCGCCUCUGCUGUAACAGUAUCUCGGCUCGCCUCUGGCGUUUGGCAGUUGUUACUUCGACUGUUCACAGCAUCACGGCGCUCAGUCUCUCUUCAGUAUGAGCUACGACACUCCUGACACGGCCGAACUGUAUUUUGACGCGAAUAGACGCGUGGCACUUUACUUCGACAGAUCUGGCAUACCCGGCGCGGCAGCCAGUGUACUUGCAGAC